AUGUGGCCCUACCCAUACCCAUGCCGAGUCCCACAGCACAGAUUACGAGAGGCUAAGUCGCAUGAUCGCUAUGCUAUGCUCUGUCGACACUGCGAGCGGACUGACUUCAAUGUUGGGCCAAGCGGCCGGGUUGUAACGUGGGAGGCCUAUGAUCCAAGCUUGCCGUGGCCGAGUUGGUUUAUGGUUUUCGAGUCUCUGCGGCCAUCAGUUGAUCACCUAGCAUGCCAUGGUUUCUGCUGGCAUGGCCGCUUUGACUGCAUUGCAGUCAGUCCGGGUGUUGACGCAGUUGGGCUCGGUGGACCUUGCUGCUGCUGCAGUCCCUCCCCGGCAUGCAUGAGGGGGCUGCCAACGCAUCACAAGUGUGGCCACCCGAGCUGGCCAAUUCUCUCUCGUCCCGUUCCCCCCCCCCAGCUUUUGUUGACAUCAAAUCCACUUAUAGCAUUCUCGAGUUCUUUGGUGGUUUUGCCUGUUUGCAGCGUUGCUAACAGUCCUGGUUGGACAGAUAGAUUUCUUCUUUUCCUAGGCUCCUGCGGCUCAUUGUCAACUUGA